AUGACCACGUUUCCGAAAACCUUCUUGGCCGCUGUCGUCAAGCAGCUGCUCCGGGGCAAGUCUCUGAUACAGGCCCUCAUAGCCUUUUGGAUCACCCCUCUGUCCGUUUCCGGGAAACAGACGAGGUCGACAGUUGAGUGCUCCAAGUCCACGACGACCACAUCGUCAUCACGGAACGUUGAGGAGUUCCUGAAGGAGGCCGAAGACCUGCUCCUGGGGCCUCUGCUCAACAAUGGCCUACUCGACUUAUCCAACGCCCUCAAGGCCCAGUUCAGGGACAAGCUACGGACGAGCAUGGCCUGCAUGCUGCCCUCGUACAACCAUCAGCUCCCAGGCGGACACGAAGUCGGUCAGUAUCUGGCGGUGGACGUUGGAGGAUCGACACUGCGUAUCGCAUUGGUGGAAUUGCGGGGCCGGGAUGCCAAGGGGAGUGAGAGCGAGAUCGUGCGGAUGAGUUCGUUCAAGAUCGACAACGAUAUCAGGAAUCUGGAGGGCAUGGCCUUCUUCGAUUGGAUGGCCGAGAGGAUAUGGGAAAUGGUGUCACAAGACGGACAUGACCCUUCGCGGCCCAUGCCCAUGGCGCUGGCUUGGAGUUUUCCCAUCGAACAAACAUCAGCAAAGGGCGGCCGGAUCCACGGCAUGGGGAAAGGGUUUCUGGCUGCGGAAGGUCUCAUGGGGCAAGACCUCGGCGAGGUGAUCGAGUCCGCUUGUACAGCGAAGGGCAUGAACGCACAACUGCGCGUCAUCCUCAACGACGGCGGCGCCACGCUACUCUCGCAGGCCUACAUCCACCCGGCCACGCGGUUCGGCCUCAUCCUCGGCACCGGCGUCAACAUCGCUGCGUACCUCCCCGUGUCCCUCAUCGGGAAGCCCAAGUUCGGCCAUCGCCCGCAAGAGUGGUGGGACGAGGCGCGCGACGUGAUCGUCAACACGGAGCUUGGCAUGUUUGGGCAGGAUGUUCUGAGCGUGACGCGCUGGGAUAGGUUACUGAAGCAGGGGCAUCCGAGGCCAGAUUUCCAGCCUCUGGAGCAGAUGGUGAGCGGCUUGUACCUCGGCGAGGUGGUGAGGUUUGCCUUGAUCGAGGCGAUCCAGACAACAGGGCUGUUUGGGGGCGUCGUGCCCAAGUCGCUUGAUGAGCCGUACUCUCUCAAAUCGGAAACGAUAUCUGCCAUUGAAGGAGAUACGUCACAGUUGUUUACGUCGUCCAUCGACCUCUUCGUCUCACGCCAUCCUUCAUCUCACACGCCGACCUCAUCCGAUAUAUCAGCCCUCCGUACUCUAGCGUCCUUCGUUUCGAGAAGAUCGGCCGCCAUCAUCGCCGCGUGCUUACACGCCGUCUGGUCCUUGCGUCUCGAGGCGCUAGGCGAUGAGAAGCCAGAGGAGGAGUCCUCUGAAAGACUAGAGCAGGAGUCGGGUCUGGUGCGGACAAUGGUCGCGUACAACGGCAGCGUUAUUGAGUGCUACCCAGGGUACCUGGCCAUGUGUCAGGGGUAUGUGGAUGCUCUGGUCAAUAGGACAGAUAGGGGCAUCGACCUCGUGCCGGCAAAAGAGAGCUCAUUACUAGGAGCUGGGGUUGCGCUGGCGAGGGCAUGUGAUACAUCUGAAUGA